CUGUGUUGAUAUUGUGGGUGUUGCACUUUUAAAUAGCACUCCUGAACCCUGCGAGUACUCUAGAUAUGAAACAGACCACGUCCAUGCAAGCCAAGACGCUCGCAGUAGUAUAUAACGUACAUCGGUAUAUGUAAUUGUAAAUACGGUAGGAAUUCAUUCACGUCUACGCUAGGUAUCUCAAAUACGCGCAAUAUCUGCCUCUCGGUAAAUACUGACUGCAUAUUGGUUCAUGAUGUACAGACAAUUUAUUUCGUUAUAUUUGAUGUGUUUGCUACUGGGAAUUAACUUGAGAUGCUCUGAAGGGAAAUUCUCGUGUUUUAAGCAAUAUCGGCCAAAAAAAGACACAUGUGGCGGACUGAUCAGCAGAGACGCUAUUACCAGCCCGCAGGAAUGCUGCACCGAAAAGGAUCGAGGAUUCUCUAUGACAACCGCCACAAAGCUUGGAAAGAACCAGUACUCGUGCACUUCCUGUAAGGACUUUCUGAGACCGACAGACAGGCCUGACUCGACGACUGCGAAACCGAAAGAAAACUUUGUAUGUUAUCGAAAGUUUCGUACAAAGAACGGCGAAUGUGGCGGCCCGAUCAAAAAAGCAAAGUUCAGCACACCGGAAGCAUGCUGCAGAGGGACCGGACAGGGGUUCUCUGUGCAGGGUCUGGUAUGCUUAGUGAAACACGACAAGGUCGGAGAUAACCGGUACACGUGCAUAUCGUGUAUUGACUGGAAAAAUGGCGCCAACCUCACCACUCCUGCUCCGGCCACCACGCCAGAGCCCCCGGCAGAGUGGUCCCACUGGAGCCCAUGUGACGUCACUUGCGGCACGGGAACCAGAACCAGACACCGGAUGUGCAAAAACUGUGACGUCAAUCACCAUAGCAACCGUGAAUUCAAGAGUUGCCUCGUGAAUUUUUACUGCCCAGAAGCGGGCGGCUGGGGUAGCUGGUUUCCCUGGGAGCGGUGCAGCCAGGAGUGCGAUGGCGGCUUCAGACGGAGGGAGAGGCGCUGUGACAACCCGCCUCCACGUCACGGUGGGGAGACGUGCCCAGGGAAGGAGGAGGAGGAUGAGCAGUGUAACACGCAUGAGUGCGACGUUCAAGGGGGCUGGAGCGAGUGGACGCGCUUUGGGGCGUGCAGUCAUACGUGUGGGCGUGGCGAAAUGCUUCGCUUACGUGGUUGCACUAGCCCAGCCCCACGCGGAAAAGGGAGUCAUUGUGUUGGUCUUCGCGUGGAAGCGCGCCGCUGUGAGGAACGGAAGUGCCCGAUUCAUGGCGGUUGGUCCGAUUGGAGCGCGUGGUCCUCAUGCCCAGUCACGUGCGGGGAGGGGCGCCGUUUCCGGUCACGUGAGUGCAAUAGGCCAGUCCCAGAUUUCCGAGGUCGGCCGUGCGAAGGAUCGUCAGAGGAAACCGAACCUUGUCGACUUGACAACGAUUGCCCAGUUGACGGUGGUUGGUCGGACUGGUCGUACUACGGGCCCUGUCGAGCCGGCCCCUGCCAGGCCGGACAUCGACUGCGCACGCGCGAGUGCGACAAUCCCCGCCCUCGACACCCGGGCCGAGUGUGUGUGGGGAGAAGCCUUGAGAAGAUAGCAUGUAUGAACGAUGAGGGCUGUCCGGUUGAUGGCGGCUGGUGCGACUAUGGCCUCUGGACCGAAUGUAGCGCCACCUGUAAGGGCACCACUUCUGUGCAGCACCGGACGCGGGCCUGCUACUGUCCCCCGCCGCAGAACGGGGGUAAAUUUUGCGCAGGUGACUUCUUAGAGACAAUCCAAUGUGAAGGUCACAUGGACUGUGGGGAGACGCCAGAUGUCGUCGUCGGCAGCUGAACUGACGUCACUGUGUGAACUUUCGUGAAUUGUAUUUAAGGCAUAUAUGAAAUACGAUUUUCCAACAAUGUUUAACGGAUGGGAAGUGAGAAGUAUCUGAAAUGACUAUGCCAAUUGUGCUGCUGUUGUAGUUGUUGUUGUUUUUAUUUAAUAUUUUAACACCAUGAAAAUUUUCACUUUUGCAAGGUAGAAAAAGAUUCGAAUUAUCGUGGUGAUAAGUUGGUAAAAGUGUGCUUUGAACGAGUAUUAAUUAAUUAUUUCAUGCAUGGAAUUGUAAAUUUAAAUUGAGUCUGCAAUACUUACACAAUAAUUGGUUAAUUAUGUUGCAUGUAGCCUAUGUUUAAUACUGUACAUUGCUCUAUUUUCCAAUGAAAACGAUAACAAGGGAUCCAUUUGCAAACAAAACACUUAAUGGAGAGUCUAUUCAGGUAUGCAAUAUGUAAUUAUUAUAAAAUAAAAGAUGCGUGUGACAUGUUUUCAAUGUGUACAUAAAUGUUUCUGUUUGAGAA